AUGGAUGUCAAAAAUGCUUUUCUCCAUGGUGAUCUCAAAGAAGAUAUUUACAUGAAACCUCCACCUGGUUUGUUCUUAUCACCUACAUCAGAUGUAUGCAAGUUGAAUUGGUCUUUGUAUGCAUUAAAACAAGCUCCCAGAGCUUGGUUUGACAAGUUUUGGUCUACUUUGCUUCAAUUCUCUUUUGAACAGAGCAAAUAUGAAUCAUCUUUGUUUCUUCGUAAGACAUCUACAGGUUGUGUUCUUCUUUUGGUAUAUGUAGAUGACAUUAUUAUUACAGGAGCUGAUUCUUUAUUAAUCACUACCCUCCAGCAGCAGCUUAAGGAUUCUUUUCAUAUGAAAGAUCUUGGCAUUCUUACAUAUUUUUUGGGGUUGGAAGUUCAUUAUGAUUCUUUAGGUGUAUUUUUAAAUCAGCACAAAUAUACUCAGGAUUUGAUUGCUUUGGUUGGUCUUCAAGAAUCUUCCUCUAUAGAUACUCCAUUGGAAUUGAAUGUAAAGUAUCGUCGUGAGGAAGGAGAUAUUCUUCCUGAUCCAACUUUGUUUCAGAAACUAGUUGGGAGCCUAAAUUAUCUUACUAUUACUCGGAUUGAUAUCUCUUCUGCAAUUCAACAAGUGAGUCAAUUUAUGCAGGCUCCCUGUCAUCUAGAUUUGGUAGUUGUUCGUCGCAUCAUUCGAUAUGUCUUGGGAACAUCAACUCGCGGAUUAUUCUUUCCUAGUGGUUCUCUAAUACGGCUUGAUGCAUUUAGCGAUUCUGAUUGGGCUAGAUGUCCUAAUACUCGCCGUUCCGUCACAAGUUGGUGCAUAUUUCUUGGGGAUUCCUUGAUAUCUUGCAAGAGCAAGAAGCAAGCUCGUGUUUCGAAAUCUUCAACUGAGUCUGAAUAUCGAGUCAUGUAUGCUGCUUGCUCUGAGAUUGUUUGGCUUUGUGGUCGACUUGCAGAGAUUGGUUUUCCUCAAUCUAAUCCUACUCCUUUACACGCUGACAACAUAAGUGCCAUUUAG